CGCUUAUGAUUGGCUCACGUGCAGACAACGCGAUCCGAACUUGACAUGUUUGGGAUAUAUGACGGCAAAUUUAGGCAACAACAGAGCCGUAGUAGCCAAGCACAGGCCCGCUAAAGAAGACCCUCGUCGCUUCUAAAAUUCAAUAAAGGGUGGAGAUCUGCCGGUGAGAAAUGGCCGAGGGAGGAUCAUUUGACCCCUGCGAGUGUGUCUGCACUCAGGAAUAUGCAAUGAGGCGCCUCAUCAACCUGCUCAGACAAUCUCAGUCAUACUGCACAGACAUCGAGUGUCCUCAGGAGCUGCCGGGACCCAGUGGGCUGAUGGGUAGAGGAGAUGACCUGACCCUCCCCAUGGUCCUGAUGGGGUGGGUAGUAGUGGUUCUGGUCCUGUUUGUGCUGCGCCCAUCCAGUCUCAGGGGAGCACGUCCUACAGGAAAGCCUUCUGGACCCCAUCAUAGUGAAAGAAGGGAGCCUCCAGCACCACCUGUGGACUAAUAAUGGAGUCAUAACACCAGCAGUUGGAUAGGAGCAGCACAUCAGGCUGUAAACGUUACCAGGACAACAGCAUCUCUGUCAGCUCUCAUCCACAUCUUUUUUCUUUAUGAUAUUAUUUGAUUCUGGUUUCAGGAGCCCAUCUAACUUGGACUGUUUUACAUCAGAACACAGCAUAGGUGUUACUGUUAUAAUCAUUAUGGUAAAAGGGCAAGUUUUUAUCAUUUAUGCAUGCAUGUAACCAAUAAGGGAGAAAAUGUCUAAAUGAGAAAACUUCUAAAUAUAUUUUCAAAAAGUAUAAGUUCAAGUAAAUAGUGAAAAUGUAAACGAAAUGUACCAUAAACUCUAAUACUUUUGUGUUUUAAUGUUAAGAAGCAGAUGAUAAAAAGUACUAUUGUGUUAGUUGGGCUCCUUGAGUUGUUUCACCCGUUCUUAGGUCCAGGUUUGAAGUUGGUCCUGGGUCUGUCUCUGGUGUCCACGCAUGCUUAGAAACUCGGGCAUGACAGAAUGUAUCACAUGGUCUGAGCAGAGGGGACAAAGGGAAUCCUAGGACAUCCCUGUUGGGUGGGUACAUGAUUGUUUCCAUGCUCCCUCAGUAGAUGAGUGGUGAUGGGUUCCUGGGUCCUACUCUAACAUUCCACUUUUUCUGUUUGAAAGCUAAAACUUUGAUCACAACCAGCAAAGUUGUAUCUCAUCAAAUAGUUAGACACAAUAUAAAACCAGCAUGAUUACCAAAUUGUCAGGUUUGCGUUAUUACGUGAGCUUGUUUAUGCAAAUGUGGCCCAUUAGAAAGUUUAGAUUGUGGUUAAUUACAGGGUAAGGUUUCAGGACAAACUCAAAACAAAGUAUUCAGACACAUGGCGAAGAGUUUUUGUGUACUGUAAAUAAUUUUGUAGUUUAAAGAAUUUGUAAUGUAUACUAAAAACUGUAUUUUAUCAGCCCAUCUGUUCCCUCCGGAGGGUCUGAUGUCCUGAUUCAACAGAACUCCUGUAUUGUGCCAGACUUAAUUGAAUUGAAAGGUUUAUAUUUCAACUGUGCCAAUGUGGAUUUUUAGUUUUGAUAUUUAAAGCCCUUUAUGCAAACGGUUUCUUUCCAAAAGUCUGUAUUUUUUCAUUGAUUUUACUGGAUCUGUAUGUUAGUCUCCUGUUGGUCUCUUGCACCCAUUUAUCUAAAACCAUAAUUCAACUCACAAGUUCAGUCCCAAUGUAUCAGUUUUUUACUGAAACAAUAUUCUAUAGCUUUUCAACAUUUUCCUUUCUUCUCAAGAUAUAUUGUGAGCAUCUAUCUGUGUCUUGAUUGACCAUUAAACUGUAUCUGGGCUUUGGGUUACUUCCAGAAUAUCAGAAACCUCAAUGUAUUGUUUUAGGACCUGUUUCGUACUUUCAGAUAUGCUACUCCUUGUUUUUAUACCAGAUGUCUUUACUUCUUAUACAACUUUUAGUUGUAUUUUGUGUGGUAAAGCAGGGAGCAGCUGUAACAAUUACAAUAAACUUUGGCAUUCAUAUACAAUAAAUUAGGAGGCCAGACUUUCUCAGAGAUCUGUAAGAAUAUUUAGUAUGACAGGAGACUUCAAAUGAUAAUGUAACAAGAGUUAAAGGGCUUGAGCUAUGCACUUUUCCUACAGCAAAACAAAUAAAAAUCAAAGUCUAAA